GUCCGUUCUGCGCAUGUUCGCACAUUCCUUUCUGUGGGCCCACAGAAAGGAAUUUUAAUCGAAUUAUAUCCCUAUACGCAUGCGCAUUUAGUCAGGAGCAAGCUGACACAAAACACAUGCGUUCAACAUGGAGGACUCCGAAAGCUCUUCACGCGUUAGUGCCGAAAGCUCUGCGAAUUUUAGCCUCCCAAGCAGCGAAGAUGCAAAGACUAAACGCAAGGAUUACAUCGCUAAACGAGAUUCGACGAAAGUAGCUCUUUACGAGCAAUUUCAGCGUUGGCGAUCUCUAAAAGAAGAGCUGGACUUGAAGACAGACAAACAACUGGCUGAAAUGCUUUUAGAUAAUUACGAAAAAGGUGCCCGUAUUUCGAGUGACGCGGAGACACAGACAAACAUUGAAAGCAGAGCUGCGGAUUUGUCAGCAAUGCCUAUGGCCAUUAGCCCAAUUUCAUCAUCGACCCCGCUUAUUCAUACAAGGAGGCAUUCAUCUUUACCUCCCGUCGCUACUAAACGGAGACGUCUGUUACUCGGGUCUACAGACGCACUAAGGACACAAACUGUAGAUGAAGAAGAAACACUGUCAGCUAUUGAUUCUGAUGAUAGUGAAUUGGAGGACAAUAGUCAAAUAUCAUUGGAACAUCCAAUGGUUGGAAUUGAUGACAUUGAUAAGGUUUCCUUGGAAGAAGAGGUAUUAGAUACCACAAUCAAUGGUCACAGUGAUGAUGAUGCUGAUGAUGAUGAUGAUUGUGAUGAUGGUGAUGAUGAUGGCACUGAAAAAGCCCCAAAAAAUAGCAAACAAAGUUUUGUUCGUCAUAUACCAUCCACUGAUGUUCCAAAACUAGAGUUAUGCUUGGCAUCAACCACAAUAAUUUUGGAACUACUGAAGACACUGCAUGGUCCUGUUUGUACAAGAGUUGGAUGUAGUCGUCCAUUGAAUUUCAGGAAUUCAUUUGUUGGAACAUGCCUAGUUGUUAAUUGGGGUUGUUCUGCUGGCCACUUUGGUGGGAGAUGGGCUGCCCAACCAACUUGUGAAGGUGUUCGUGCUGGAAAUUUGCUUUUGGCAUCUGCAAUACCUCUUUCUGGCAAUUCAUAUACCAAGAUCAGAUUUCUUUUCCAAGUCAUGAAUCUAUUGGGAGGAAUUAAAGAAUUCGUGUUGGCAGAGCGUGAAAAUAAGGAUAUUGUUCUCAGUUCAGAUGGGCGUAAUGAUUCACCUGGACAUUGUGCACAGUAUUGCACUUACACCUUUGCAGAAAUGGAUUCCAAGUGCAUUUUAGAUAUCAACUUUGUUGAGGUGAGAGAAGUGGAGGGUAGGAAAAGUCCAAACAUGGAAAGAAUUGGAUUUGAAAGAGGGCUUGACAAUCUAUUAAAAUCAACAAUGAUUAUUAAAGAGGUUGUUACUGAUGGCCAUUUGGAAAUUGGUGCAUUAAUGAAAAAUGCUGCAAAGUAUAAAGACAUUGUGCAUCAAAGAGAUGUUUGGCAUGGUGCUAAAAUAAUUGGGAAAAAAGUUAUUUCUGCUGCCAAUGAAAAAGGAAAUGAAGAUCUUUCUUUGUGGAUUGCGUCUGUGAGAAACCACUUUUGGUAUUCCAGUCGCAAUUGUGGUAGCAAUGUUGAUAAUUUGAAAGAUAUAUGGAUAGGCAUUCUCCAUCAUGUUGUUGAUUGA